GAGAGACUUGCAUAAUGCAGCGUAAGAGAGAAAUAAAGGCGUUCACUUUUCUAAUACAUAUACCUGUAGCAUUUUGCAAAAUCCUUCACAUCUCUCUUGUAACUAUAGCAACCUACUACCUGUUGUGUGUGUAAUAAGCAACCCCUUAACAACCAAUCGCCCCUUAUAGCAACAAGGGAAUACUGAAAUAUAAUUUUAAUACUUUUCUUAUAUUCUCUCCUAACCUUCGUCUCAUAUUCUUGUUCAUUUACCACUCACUUUUCUCAUUUUGCAGUAGUUGUGUGCUUCGUUACCAUAGCUGCUGUAGAAUUUCAUUUUCAUUUAAAUUACAAAAUUAUUUAUAAAUUUCCAUAGCUACAAUUCUAAAAAAAACACUAAAAAAUUAAAUGGAUUGGUUUGUAAUUUGAUUUUAAAAUUUUUCCGUGUAAUUUGUGACCACGUGAUAAGUUAUUUUAUAAAAUAAAAUUAAAAAUGUGUCAAAAAACUAUAGCAACAGCAGCGUUGCUAUUACUGGUUUCUAGUUGUCAUGCCAUAAAAUACUCCUCCUCCCCCCCAUCACCCCAAGCACAAUCCCCCCCAGAUUUCACAUGUCCCGAGGACUUUGGAUACUUUCCUCAUCCUUCGGACUGCUCACAAUACUACGUCUGCGUGUUCGGCGGAGCCCUGCUCGAAUCCUGCACUGGAGGAUUAAUGUACUCCAACGAACUCCAAACCUGCGACUGGCCACGCAACGUAAAUCAAAAUUAUUGCCAUGGAAACAACACUCUCCAAGAGACGAUCCCCAAAAAACCCCAAAAAUCACGUGGCCACCAACGAACCACGCCCCCACCCACGACCAGCUACGUUUAUAAACCCAUAAAAAUAGAAAACUACUCUGACCUAUCGUCCGUAAUAGCGACGCGCAACGAGCAGGAAGAGGAAGGCGCGCGGAGUGGGCGGAGCUACGCGCAGAGCGGCCCGGAAAAGGAAUUUUACAAUAAAAAUGCGGGGGUUGGUGGACUCACGGGGAGUUACAAACCACACAAACCGCCUUGGAAACACCACCACAGAAAAAAACGACAAAUUUUGUUCAAUUUUUUGGAUAAACUAGGGUUUAAAUUUAAAAAAUAUGAUAAUUUACCGAAAACCAUGGCAACGCAAAAUUUUUAUAUCCCCACUUCCGAACGUAAAAAUAACCAUGGUCCCAACUCGUUAAUUUACCCGAAUCACUAUGACAACCCGAUUUACAGAAAUAUCCUAAAUCCUAAAUUACUAACUACUAAAAAUCCAAUUAAACUAAAUUUCAAAUCCAAGCCAACGAUUCAUUUAAAUCAAAAUCACCAUCUUAAAUUGCAAAUGAAUAAUUUUGACAAGUUUAAACCGUUUCCCGUUGCCAUGGGGAUUAAUAAGUUUUUUCCCACGACGACCAUGACAACGACAAGAACGACGACGGGGAAAUUUUAUCCCCCCACACUGACCCCAAAAUACGUUCCAAAAGAAGAGCUUGACUAUGACGACGAUUACUCGGAAACCAUGACAACCACAACCACGACAACUAAGCGACCUUACUUUACGACAAGCAGGAGGUCCGUCUCGGGCUCGUCGAAGUACUCUCCCCAGAUAGCGACGGAUUAUAAUGCCAACGACUAUUCCUACGCGAAUCAGCGGUAUGCCUCGGGCGUUACCAACGUUACCUGGCAACAACCAGCGGUUGCCACGGCAACGCCAGUGGAGGAAGAGGACGAUGAGAGUUACUAUGUUUAUGAGGACGCCGCGGGGAAUCAGCAGGACGUGGAUGUCGGUGGACUACAAAUACCAACACCCAAUCACCACCCGUCGCCCCAUCACAACCCCCGCGCCCGCACCCCCACCCACGCGCCGCACAACGACCACCCCCCCAAAACAGAAAUCUCGAACCUCCCCCCCACGCGCUCCCGCCCCACCCUGAAACCAAAAUCCUCCAUCGUCCCCAAGGACCUCCCCCCCGUCCGCGACGUGUAUUUGGACGCCCCCUCGCGCCCCGCCCCCUUUUACGAGACCCCGAUUCCGAACACCCCCGCGACGAAAUGUAACCGAGAGUUGUGCCAGAUCCCGGACUGCAAUUGUGGGGGGAAGGAGAUUCCGAGCGGUUUGAGACCUGAGGAGACCCCGCAGAUCGUUUUACUCACUUUUGACGAUAGCGUUAACGAUUUGAACAAGAACCUUUAUCGGGAUUUGUUCGAGAAAGGGAGGAAAAACCCGAAUGGGUGUCCGAUUAGUGCCACUUUUUAUGUGAGUCACGAGUGGACGGAUUACUCGCAGGUGCAGAAUCUGGCGGCGGAUGGGCAUGAGAUUGCGAGUCAUUCUGUGAGCCACUCCUUCGGUGAGAGCUUCUCCCAGAAAAAGUGGGAAAAAGAGAUAAACGGCCAACGAGAAAUCCUCUCAGCCUACGGCGGCGUCAAACUUUCGGAAGUUCGCGGGAUGCGCGCCCCCUUUUUGGCCAUUGGUGGAAACAACAUGUUCAAAAUGCUCCACGACGUCAACUUCACCUACGACAGCUCGAUGCCCGUUUAUGAAAAUAGACCCCCGAGCUGGCCCUACACGCUGGAUUAUAAAAUUUUCCAUGACUGCAUGAUUCCGCCCUGUCCGACAAAGUCAUAUCCGGGGGUGUGGGAGGUUCCCAUGGUGAUGUGGACUGAUUUGAAGGGCGGCCGCUGCUCCAUGGGCGACGCCUGCUCGAACCCCCCCACGGCCGAAGGAGUCUACCAAUUUUUAGCCAAGAACUUCGAACGCCACUACACGACGAACCGCGCGCCAUUUGGCCUCUAUUACCACGCGGCCUGGUUCACGCAGGCGCAUCACAAAGAAGGUUUCGAAGCCUUUCUGGACACCUUGGUGCAGAUGGACGACGUUUGGCUGGUGACCAACUGGCAGGCGAUUCAGUGGGUGAGGAAUCCCACUCCAUCGUCGAAAAUUAACGAGUUUGCCCCCUGGAAUGAGUGCAGGACGAGGGAGCACCGCCCCCCACGCUGCAACCACUCGCGGGUCUGCAACCUCUGGCACAAGAGCGGCGUCCGCUACCUGAAAACGUGUCAAAACUGUCCGGAGCAGUACCCCUGGACCGGAAACACCGGCGUCCCCUUCACCAUCUGAUUUUGUGAUUUUUCUUGUGAUUUUUUCUAUUUUUUAGGGGUGGAACUUUUGUAUUUUUUUAUAGUUAAUAAAUUUUAAUUAUUUUCGAACA